UCGUAAACGAUUCAAAAUUACCUUUCGGGAAAAAGAAUUGUCUCCAGGAACGCUACAAACGAAGUUUUUGUCUGGAGCAUGCAAGAUGGGGCCAUGGACGAUAUUGUUUUCUGUGUCAGGAAUUGUGUUUGGAACUGGGUGGCUGAUACAAUGGAAGUUAAAUGAGUUACCAGAACUCAUCACAAAGCCAGAUGCUGAGUAUGACUACAUUAUUGUUGGUGGAGGUUCAGCUGGUUGUGUGUUGGCCAACCGCCUGUCAGAAGUCUCCUCGGUCCGGGUGCUGCUAUUAGAGGCCGGCCCAGAUGACCGGAACAAUGAGGAGGUCACUAUCCCCAUCAAAGCCGCGGACAGUGUUCACAGUAAUAUUGACUGGGACUACUACACUGUCAAGCAGAAGGAUGCCUUGCAAGCAUUUAAUGAACAGAGAGGCUGGUGGCACAGAGGAAGAAUACUUGGUGGUACUUCUAAUGUCAAUGAGAUGUUAUAUGCUCGUGGACUUCCAAAGGAUUAUGACAACUGGGGUGUAAAAGGAUGGUCUUACAAAGAUAUUUUGCCUUACUUCCUGAAGUCAGAGGACAACGAAAAUGCAGAUUUUGUGAAAACAGGUUACCAUAAAAUGGGCGGUCUUCUAAAAGUGGGAAGAUCAAAAACACAUGCACUCACAAAUUUCUUAGUUCGAGCAGGAAAAGAGAUGGGAUAUAACAUAAUCGAUAUCAAUGCUGUGUCAUCUGAAGGUCUGGUGGAGGUGCAGUCUACAUUAAGGAAAGGUGUGCGACAGAGUGCUACCAAAGCCUUCUUGAACCCAUCCAUGUUUCGAGAAAACGUACAUGUGAUGACAGAUUCUCUUGUCACAAAGGUUCUCAUUGAAAACGGCAGAGCUACAGGCGUUGAGUUUGAGCGCAAUGGUACUAAGUCAUCCGUCAAGGCCAGACAGGAAGUCUUGCUCAGUGCAGGUACUGUGGGCUCAGCCCAACUGCUUCUCCUCUCUGGAGUCGGCCCCAAGAAACAACUAGACAGCUUGAAGAUUCCAGUAGUGAAGGACCUGCCCGUGGGUGAAAACCUCCAAGACCGGCUCAUGUUUGAGUACCCAGUGGCUAUAGAGCCCGCCAUUAGCAUCACACAAGCACAGCUGGAGUCCUUCUGGGAACAAAUCAAGUACAAACUCAUUGGCAAAGGAAUGUGGGCAUCGACCAAUGGUGUGGAGGUGGCAACAUUUUCUAGCACUAGAGGCAACCAGCAGCAAGACUGGCCUGACCUCCAGCAUCUGUUCCGAGGCAUUCUUCCAGACCUGAACCAGGCAGCCGCUCUGGGAUACUCAAACAAAACAUUGACGGAGAUGGCUAACAGGUCAAAGUUUGUCUACGGGUUCUCUUGCCUGGGCAACGUGUUGCGUCCACAGAGCCGUGGUAACAUCAGACUGGCCAGUGUGAACCCCAGAGAUAUGCCUCUGAUAGACCCCAAGUACUUGGAGAAAGCAGCGGAUGUGGAGAUCUUACUGGAAGGUAGUUGGAGGUUUUUGUUGACAUUGACGGAGAUGGCUAACAGGUCAAAGUUUGUCUACGGGUUCUCUUGCCUGGGCAACGUGUUGCGUCCACAGAGCCGUGGUAACAUCAGACUGGCCAGUGUGAACCCCAGAGAUAUGCCUCUGAUAGACCCCAAGUACUUGGAGAAAGCAGCGGAUGUGGAGAUCUUACUGGAAGGCGUGAAACUCUGCAAAAAAUUCCUUGAAAUGCCGUCAAUGAAACAGAUCGCAGCUGUCCAUGCUGAAGGUCCUUCCUCAUCGUGCGGGAAAUUCAAGUUCGACAGCGAUGACUACUGGCGAUGCCUCAUCAGGGCCAGGGCCCUGUCUGCCCACUACCCUGUGGGAACCUGUAAGAUGGGGACUGAGCAGGACACCUCUGCUGUGGUAGACCCAGACCUAAGGGUACGAGGUGUGAAGGGUCUACGUGUGGUGGACUCGUCCAUUAUUCCAAUGAUCACCUCUGGAGGCACAGACAUCCCAGCCAUCAUGGUGGCCGAGAGAGCAUCUGAUGUCAUCAAGGCAAACUUGCAGAAGAGGCCACAAGGUCAAGGAAAGAAGUGACUGAUGCCAUACUAGUCCCUAUUUUGAUUAAUUUGAUCAUGUCUGCAGCACAGUGGCCAAUUUCAAAAAUCUUUUUAUUCAGGAGACAAAAUAAGGAUAACUGCCUGUUUCUAUCUUUUUUAAUUGUUCCCUUCCCGGAAUUUCAGAGAUGUUUUUACUCUUUUGGUUGCUUCUGGGUUAGAUAAUAUUUAUGCAUAAAUGUAGAUCCAUGUGUUAUGUGGAGCUCAGACUCUCCCAUUUUGUGCCCAAUGACAUAAUGUUUUUUUUACAUUGCCAAUAUGUCUGUCAUAAUACUAAAAACUGCUUUCAAUGAGUGUUGCAAAUAAGUGAGUGUGGUUUUCUGAGUUGUGUUGUGUUCAAUAUUUUUUUUGUUUCUUGGUGUGUAAAAACUUUCUUGUACUAUUGUUUGUGGUAUAGCAGUUAGGCACUUCACCAUCACAUGCAGAAGAUGUAAGUUUGAUUCCUGUGUGGGGAUGAUUUUAAAUCUAGUAUCUCAGUCUGUCUGCUGAGACAAUGCAUCCCUCUCGGCCAGCUUUGGCCCUGAGAGCAAGAUUUGAAGCAGCCUUUCUUCUAAGUUAUCAAAAAUUGUGUCUUUGGGGGGGUUGAAAACAUUAACAUUUUUUUCAUGAAAUCUUUGUGUGAUUUUGCUGUUUUACACAUUUACUUUUCCCUGCCUCAUCAGCAGCCUGAUAAUGUUCAAAUAUAAAUAUAUAGAACUUUAUAUGUUCAGUCAUAUUGAUAUCUAAGCAAUAUGAUUGGCAUAUUCGUAAUUGUUUCUACUGUAAUUUGACAGUGUUAAACUUACUUUUUUUGUGGAAUGAAGGUUGCUAUAUAGUUCUUUUUUUAGGAACAGUCUGUGGUCUUUUUGCUUUUUACCUCUCUUAUAUUACUUCUUAAAAAUUUACUCUGAAGCUUUGUGUGUUCUUCUGGAUGAACAGUAUAUUAUGAUCUUGCGUUUUUCUGUCUUUGUUUUUGUAGGCGGUUGACCACAGGGUAGGUCCUUUGUCUUACCUGUCAGUUUCUUAUCCUUGUACUUUUCUCCUUAUUGCAUCAUCUAUCAGUAGAUGGUCAUCGUUGAAUUGAUGGGCCCACAGCUCUUGAGCUCAGUUUCAAAUUGUUAAUACCAGAGAAAUAUUCUUUCUCAGAGGAGAUCAUCUAUAGUGUUGUGACAAUGCUUGAUGAUAUGAUUCUAAAACUCAUCAUGAAAGAUCACUGAUACAACGCUCGAAAUCCUUGCCCUUCAGUGUGGACAUUGAGAGCAACAGUGCAUGUAAACAGCAUCUACUGAAGAAAGAAGCCCAUCAUUAUUUUUCCUUCAUGCAGACUUCAGCAUAAGUUAAGGACCACUUGCAAAUUUUGCUAAAAUUCUCCGAAGAUUUCUGUGCUGCACCUUGUGGAUAGUGAACCCAUCAUCACUUUCAGAGCAAAAAA